AUGCAUAGACGCAGUCUCAGCGGGCUUCGGAUACCAUCUCACCAGCGGGAAGAGGAAAAUCUCGGAUUAUAUGGAAAAGAGGAUCCUGAUCCCGCAGCCGUUAUUAAGCAAGCAGGCAAGCGACUAUACAAACUGCGCGCACGACGAACUCGCGUCCAGGGUCCUUAUACUGUAUGCAAAUACACAGCAGAUGCUGAUGAGCAAAAUAGAGAAGUCCAAAAUACCUCCCUAUCAUAUCAGAACGCAAAAUGGAAAUUAGAGCAAAGAUUGAUCUGUCAUUUUGCAUGUGCUGUGCUGGCACCGGAACGACUAGCAGAGCUCUCCCACCAAGAACAACGCCCCCGUCCCGAGCGUCCCGCCAUCGUGAACAGCGCAUCGCAUGGCAUGGCAUCACCUCCCGUCCCAUUCUACAACAAGUCCGCCUCCUCCCGAGUCCCUCCCAUCGCAUAUCCCAAGCGCCCAUACCGCCAAUACGAAGUACGAAUACGACGGCACGCCGACCCAAGCAGCCGUUUUCGUCGACGUGAGAAGGGGAAUCGAGUCGUAUCGCAGUACUGGAUUGUAGGGGCUCGGAUCCCCUCACGCACCCAAGCAGGAUCUUCCGCACACGAGCGCUCAAGCGGGUUAGCCAGCGCGAAGAAUAAUAAUCCAGGCGGUGCUGGCUGGCCCGCUGGGUUGACGGGGGUGUUGGGUAGUGCUGGCCGCGCCGCCGUUAGAACCCGCCCUCUAAGCGUCGAUAGUCGAUACGAUAGUUCGAACCACUUCGACAGGACCUGGACUACUCCUUGAGUGCUCGGGAAGUGUCUAAAGACUAGCCAGCCUCUAAGUGCUAAGGAGUUUAGGGAGUCCCAAUAAUCGGGAUCCUCGGAAGCUCCUCAUUUUGGACCGCUUCCGAACCGUCGAUGGAGAUGGAGACUGGAGACGGGGCCUGCACUAAUCCCCGAGCCCCACCGCGGCUCCAUCCCACCCCUUUAU